AAUGAGGUCAAAUGCUGCCAAUCAAGGAAGUUUAUAGGAUCAAAGUGUUGACAAGCAAAUAGCGAUAGUAAAGGGAAGGAAGGCUAGAAGAGGAGGAAACCUAGCAAGCAGUCGGGACAGAGUCGCAAGAGAUAGUCACCACCAUGGAUCCAGCAGCGUCCUGUUGGUCUGUAGUUUCCCUGUCCGUCGGUGAUGGUUUCAGCUGGGAUAGACUUAAUUUUCUUCUUAGUAGUUAGUACACCGCGGUGGUUUGGCUCUGAUGUGAGAACAAUGUUGAUAGCACACUGAUGUUUUUAGUUGUUGCUGCGUGAUGUUUAUACUAAGUCAAGGACUUUUUGGUUUCUUGGGCCCUGCCAGUGAGAGGGCUGAGGGGACACAGCCAGGACAACUGACCCAAGCUGGCCAAAGAGGUAUUCCAUACCAUACGACAUCAUGCUGAGUAUAUAAACUGGGGAAAGAAGAAGGAAGGAGGGGACAUUUGGCAUUAUGGUUUUGUCUUCCCAAGUAACUGUUAUGCGUGAUGGAGCCCUGAUUUCCUGGGAAUGGUCAAACACCUGCCUGCCCAUGGGAAGUAGUGAAUGAAUUCCUUGCUUUGUUUUGUUUGCGUGCAGAGCUUUUGCUUUACCUAUUAAAUUGUUCUUAUCUCAACCCCUGAGUUUUACAUUCCUUUCUGAUUCUUCUCCCCAUCCCUCUUGGUGAGGGGGAGUGAGCAAGCGGCGGUGUGGCACUUGUUUCCAACCAGUGUUAAACCACGGCAUGGUCUCUUGAUGGUGCCCAUUACUGUUUGAUUGCACAGUCUUUUAUAGGGUAUUUGGGGAGCCUCUUUCCCCAGGCAAUGGCACGAACGGCACUUCCACACGUGCUCCCUGUCUCGGUACGCUGGUUUUGAGGGGCACACAUCACGGCUGCGUGGUCCUUUGCCAUGGACUGCGCAUGUCUUGGCAGGUUGAGGUGGUCGUUCGCGUCUGGACAUGUCCCCCAGAACAACGUGGCUGUUCCUUGACCCCAGCUGAUGUCUGGUUUCGGGUGGCUGUUGCUUCUUGUGUCGUUUGCAACUGCCGAGUUCGGUUAAAUUGCCAGGUAGCCUGUCACCAAGCUCAGCAGGAACGUCAACAAGCUUUGAGACAGUCAGCUCACAAUAUAGUCUCCCACAUCAUGAGGAACGGUGUGAAAGCCAGCGUCGCUGCAGCGCGGCUCAGAUCCAUCCCUUCCUGCUGUGCAGGCUACAACAUCCCCAGACGUGCAUCUAAAGCCUCUGGCUGCUGAGUCUCACGGCUAAGGCAGAGUGAAAGACGGGAUCAUGGAAUCUCUGGGGUUGGAAGGGACCUUUACAGGUCACUGAGUCCAAUCCCCCUGCAAUGAGCAGGGCCAUCUUUAACGGGAUCACUUUGCUCAGCUGAGCCUGAAUGUUUCCAGGGAUGGGGCAUCCACCACCUCUCUGGGCAACCUGUUACAGUGUUUUGCCACCCUCACCAUAAAAAAACACCUGCUGUCCUUGUGUCUAGUCUCAAUUUUCCCUCUUCUAGCCUCAAACCAUUGCCCCUUCUCCCUAGGGCUGCUGGCCCUGCUCAGAUCUCUGUCCCCGUCCCUCUGAUAAGCGCACAUUAAGUAUUGGAAGACCAGAAUCAGGUCUCCCCAGAGCCUUCUCUUCGCCAGGCUGAACAACCCCACCUCUCUCAGCCUUUUUUCAGAGCAGAGGAGUUCCAUCCCUUCGAUCUUUUUGGUGGCUUCUUUUGAUGCAGCCCAGGACACGGUUGGCUUUCUGGCCUGCGAGCGCACAUUGCUGGUUCAUGCCCAGCUGUUCAUCCACCAGUACCCCCAAGCCCUUCCUGGCAGGGCGGCUCUCAGUCCCUGCCUCCCCCAGCCUGUAUUGAUACUGGGCAUUGCCCUGACCCUGGUGCAGGACCUUGCACCUGGCCUUCUUGAACCUCAUGAGGUUCACAUGGGCCGCUUCUCCAGCCUGUCCAGGUCCCUCUGGACAGCAGCCCAUUGCUCAGGUGCAUAGCUGCACCACUCAGCUUGGUGUCAUCUGCAAACUUGCUGAGGGUGCAAUCGACCUGUGUGACAGCCCUUGGACGGAGCUGCCCGACGGGGCGUGCUCCCCAGCCUGGGAGGGCAGCUGCCCCGGCUGUGCUCCAGCGGCUCUCCCCCUGAGCACCGUUGCUAUGCGGCCUGGGCCGGCCCUGAGGUCACAGUGGGGCUGCGAGGUGACAGUGGGGCUGUGAGGUCACGGAGCUCCACGGCGAUGCACCAGCUAUAAGUACCCACGCCUCAGCCCCCAGCCGCAACUGCACCUCAUGCAGCAGCAGCGGUGACAGCAGCACAGGAUCAUGUGGCUGAAGGGAGCCAUGGCCCUCAUUCAGCACUGCCUCCUCCUCCUCCUCCUCCUGGAGGCCCUACGUGCCAGGGCUGCCUGGGCUGCACCUUGGCAAGAGCAGGAAGCAGGUAAGCACUCGGCACAUUUGCGACCUUUCACGGGCCAGUGGGCUCCUCUCCCCGAGAAGCGUGGAUGUGGCUUUUCCCUCGAGCGCUUUGGUGAGGGCUUCCCCUGUGUGUGUGAGAGCUGUGCGGGUAAGAAUGCCCCCAGGGGCCCUAUGUUGGCCCACACGCUCCCUGAGGGGUCUUGUUCAUGGCCUGGCUUGAAGAGCGUGUUGGAGAGCUGCCAGGUGCCGGCCAAGAGGUCACCAGGCCCCUCUGCAGCGCUGGCAAUCUCCCCGGGGUCUGGCUCCCACGCUGCUACCUGAGCCCCUUCCAGUGCCUGCGGUUCACUAAGGCACAAGCGGAUCCCAACAGGCAAUGGCAACAUUUCCCCUCUGUGCUUGCUUCUAGGUGAGAUGACUCUCCACAAUUAUCCAGCUGCCUGGCGGGAACAUGGUUUUGAGGACUUGGGGCAUCCUGGAAGUAAGCUCUUAAUGUCUCUUGCCUUGAAAGAAGAAACAGUGUCAAUGUGGCAAGAGCUUACUCAUGUGCAAUUCUCUUGCAGAGCCUCCCAAGGGUUACACCAUCCCGAAUUCGUGGCCUGUUCCUGACCUCGAGCCUGAGAGCCAUCCCACGGUGCCGUCAAAGCCUGGAGAAGACCACCAGAGCAAGAUAAAUCGGGCUUAUGAACCGGGCUCAGAUGAUGUCACCGAGAGAACCACAGAGCUUUACAAUCCCCCGAGCCCCCCAGCUGUUUCCGGUCCCAGAGACCCUGGAAAGCUCUCUACUAUGGGUGCAGUAGCGGCUGUUGUUUCUCUGCAAGUUGCCAUUGUGUUGGGCUGUGUCGUGGUCUGGUGGCGAAGGAAGAAGAAAGCGCCCGUCGCUGGAGCUUCAGCUGACCAGCUGGAAAACGGCAGCUGCCCCUCACGCCCGGACAGCUGGACACAACAGGAGCCUCUCCCACCUGGAAGAGCAGAGAACCAGGCCCCCCCACGGCCCCCAUGCCAUCUGAGCCCAUCCCCGGCCAGCCUGCAGCAGAGCAGACAGAGCAGCGCUGUUCAGCCCAUGACGGACGAGCACUUCCCCCUGCGCCUCCCAACCCCAUUUCUGGCCCCCAGGCAGCAGAGGAAACAGCCCAGGACUCUCCAGCACCCGACCAAAAAGCAACGGCCCCCACGCCCACCAAGCCCUCACCCAGUUGCCCUGGAGCGCAGGAGACAGUCCAGCAGCCUUCAGCCCCAGGACCAACCGCAGUCGCCCUCACACCCCCCGAGCAGAUUACCGUCCACCCUGCAGCAGCAAGACUAGGACAGUGUCCAACGGCCCCAGCACCAACCACACAGGCCCCCAAGCCCUCCGAGACCGCUGCUCCAGCCGCACAGCAGGGGCUGAAGGCAGCCACACCAGGGUAGGAGCUGGGGUGCACUGAGUAGAGCCCCAACCGACGGCUUCGGGGCUCAGCCGCUGCCCGCCAAAGACAGUGUGACACAGGGCUGUCACACAAGUGUCCAGGGGGUACCAACAGCAAACCAAGCGAGGCACCAGCACCGGCUGGGCUCCACGCCUGGGCGCAGCCAUGGAUGCCCACUGUGUCGGCAGGCAGGAGCUGGGCACGGGCGCGUGGGGAAAGCCCCAAUGGCGGCACUAUGUGCUCUGCUCCACAGCUCAUCCCUGACUGCCAGCCUGCUGCAAACAGGUCAUUAGCCUGAGGGGCAGGUCCUGCCCCUUUCUCCUACAACGCAAGGCACCCUCUGAUGCCAUCCGGGCUGCUCCUGAAGUGAUUAAAGAGCUGGGAGAGCGGGAAGCGUGGUCAGGUCUCCUUCUCAAUACAGUUCUCCUGCGUCGCCUGCAGAGAAGCCUCAUGGCAAGUGGUGACUAGCGGUAGAUGACAGAGCCCUGAGCACCGCCGCUGAACAGCGCCCUGCGGCUGCUCCCGGUCCGAGUGGUAGAGUCCCUUGUGUCAACGAAGAAGCCCUGCCAGGAGUGGUGACAGUAGCUGGGAAGGAUAGGUGGUGUUGGCUCCCCGUGUCGGGGACAGAUAGGGAGAGGUCUCCUUUCACCAGGCGGGGACUGCCGUUUACAUGGACCGCCUGACCACAGUGUUUUGAACAUUGUCCUGCCAUUGCUCCUGCUCCACCAGCUGCAGAGCUGGAAGCAUCCACAUUAGCGCAGAGGUCGCUGUGAUGCAGUUACUGUGUCUUCCAGUCCAGGACAGCCCGAGCCGGGGAGUUUUGAUGUUAUGCCCAGAGCGAGAUAAAGAAGCAAAUGAGGUCAAAUGCUGCCAAUCAAGGAAGUUUAUAGGAUCAAAGUGUUGACAAGCAAAUAGCGAUAGUAAAGGGAAGGAAGGCUAGAAGAGGAGGAAACCUAGCAAGCAGUCGGGACAGAGUCGCAAGAGAUAGUCACCACCAUGGAUCCAGCAGCGUCCUGUUGGUCUGUAGUUUCCCUGUCCGUCGGUGAUGGUUUCAGCUGGGAUAGACUUAAUUUUCUUCUUAGUAGUUAGUGCACCGCGGUGGUAUGGCUCUGAUGUGAGAACAAUGUUGAUAGCACACUGAUGUUUUUAGUUGUUGCUGCGUGAUGUUUAUACUAAGUCAAGGACUUUUUGGUUUCUUGGGCCCUGCCAGUGAGAGGGCUGAGGGGACACAGCCAGGACAACUGACCCAAGCUGGCCAAAGAGGUAUUCCAUACCAUACGACAUCAUGCUGAGUAUAUAAACUGGGGAAAGAAGAAGGAAGGAGGGGACAUUUGGCAUUAUGGUUUUGUCUUCCCAAGUAACUGUUAUGCGUGAUGGAGCCCUGAUUUCCUGGGAAUGGUCAAACACCUGCCUGCCCAUGGGAAGUAGUGAAUGAAUUCCUUGCUUUGUUUUGUUUGCGUGCAGAGCUUUUGCUUUACCUAUUAAAUUGUUCUUAUCUCAA